AUGGAUUAUCCGAAGCUUCCGCCGGUGAAUGUCAAGCUUGAGGGCGACGCGACUUUGCAACUGAAAGAGCAGAGCCGCGAUGCCGAGCCGCUGUCACCAACGGCUCGUUUCUUUCUCUCUGACGACUUCUACACGACUGUCCUGUGCGCGCUGGAGUUUAAAGACCGCAUGGAGAUCGACGAGCUUAGAGCGAUUCUCUCGGAUACCCUUUUGAAGCAUCCCCGCUUUCAUAGUCGAAUGGAGCAUCGUGGCCGUUGUAAGGGCGGAGAGCAGGUGUGGGUGCGGUCGACCGUCGACAUGGCCUACCACGUCGUGGAAGGCACCCCGCCCGACGGAGGUGACAAUAACGAGGGCGGCGCGGAGCACUCCGUCACACAAACAGAUGAACGCGACAGUAGCGCGGAAGCAGCAGGAAGCAUGGAACGAGCUACAAGACCAGCACAAUCGGAAGGAUGUGCAAAGCCAGCGGCAGACACAACAAGCGCGAGCCAGGAAUCGGCGUGCUACGAGGCGGGGAGCAUGGAGUGGCACAUGCGGCGCCUGCAGCACCAGCCGCCCUUCGACGCCUCCCGCCCUCUCUGGCGCGUGCACCUCGUGCCUCUGCCUCAUGGCCGCUCCGCUGCGCUCUUCCGCAUCCACCACUCUAUGGGCGACGGCGUGUCGCUCAUGUCUCUCCUGCUGGCCUGCACUCGCCGCACCGACAACCCCGCCCUCCUGCCCACCCUCCCCACCGCCAAACGCCAGACCCACCCCCAGCCCGGCAGUGAGACUCGCCCCCAGCCGAGCAGUGGCGCCGCAGCGGCGGAGGUGCAGGAGAGUGAGGAGCUGCGGAAACAGAUGGGUGACGCGAGUGGGCCUGAGGAGGAGGAGCAGUUAAAGCAGUUAAAGCCCGGGCCGGCGCACAUGCCGUCUGCAGCGUCAGCAUUCACUCUUGACUCGAUGACUGAAUCGCCGUUCGCCCCAGACCCACUCGGGCAGGCAGCAGCAGAAGCAGCAGCAGCACCCGCAGACGGGGUUACUGCAGAUGCGGGUGGGAGUGCGGGUGCUGGUGGUGGGGGUGCCAUGGGGAAAGGGGCAGGGGCAGCACGGAAGAGAGGGGGAGGGGGAGGGGGAGGGGGAGGGGGAGGGUUGGUGGGUGUGGGGAGGUGGAUGUGGCAAGUGGUAGCUGUUCUGGGGAACACGCUGUGGCACGUGUCGACGUUCAUGGCUGUGCUGCUGUGGCGCGCUGAUACUGCCACGUGUGUCAAGAUGAAGCCGGGGAGUGGUGGUGGCGCACAGAAGAAGGCGGGGAAAGGGGGAAAGGGAAGCAGUGCAGUGCUGCAGCAGCCGGAGGAGGGGAAAGGGGAGGUGCAGACAGCCGAAGGGGAGGUUGGGGGAGGGGGUGGGAGCGGAAAUGGUGGGGGGAGGUUUGUGUUUGGAGUGAGUGGGCCGCUGAGCCUGACUGACAUUUCAAGGGUCAGACGCGCCUUUGGUGCGACCAUCAACGAUGUGAUGGUGACGGUCAUCUCAGGCGGGCUUGAUCGCUACCUGCGCCACCACCAUGAGCAAUCAGAGCGAGCAGGAGAGCCUGCCCCAGUUGCCACCUCCCCACUACCUGCCACUGUUCGCCUCAGCGCUGUCUGUGUUGUCAACAUCCGCCCCGCUCCUGGACUUCAGGAAAUAUCCUCCAUGCUUGCAGGCCAAUCCAAGGCACGCUGGGGCAACUGCCUUGGAACCUUCCUGCUGGCCCUGCCCGUGCAGUCGCCUGCACUCACCAAAGCUGUGCAGGCUGACAGCAGGGACAGCAAAGGCAGCAAAGGGAGCAAAGAAGGGAGCGCAGCAGGGGAGGUGGAGGGAAUGAUGAAGAGCAAAGAAGGGAAUGCAGCAGGGGAGGUGGAGAAGCGGCGGCUGCGCAUGGUGGCAGGCAUGUGUGCGUCCAAACGGCAGUCCCUGGAGGCUCAUUACAACUAUGUCAACGCGAGGCUGGUGCUCGCUACUGCGGGCAUGAAGUCAGCAUGCACGCUGAUGGGACGCCUGCUGGACCAGACAACCCUCUCCUUCUCCAACAUGAUGGGGCCCGUGGAGGAAGUGAGCCUGGGAGGACAUGCCAUUGAGCGUAUCAGCCCCACCGUCCUGGGACAGCCACAUGCGCUCACGCUGCAUUUCCAGACAUACAACGGGGCGGCACACAUAGUCCUCUCAGCCUUGAGGGAGAAUGUGCCGGAUCCAGCCUUCCUCAUGCGUUGCUGUGAAGACGCCUUUGCUGCUCUCCAGGCAUCGGUGCAUUGA